AUGGCCGUCUCCCGGCACUCGUCGCGCAGCGCCGCUCUAGCCGCUCUAGCCGCCCCGCCGCCGUCUCGCUGGCUCCACACCCACUUCCGGAGGGCGCGGCCGGCGCUCCGCGCAGCCGCAGUUCCGCGCCAGGCGCCCCGGAGCGUCUUCCCCCGGGACUUCCCCCGGGAAGCUAACCUAGUGAAUGAGCACCUGGAACGUGUGCUCGUUGCCGGCGCUGAAACUACCGAGGGGACAAAAAGAAAAGGAGUGGAGUAUGGCCCGACUGCUGUAAGAGAAGCUGGCUUGAUGAAAAGACUUUCCAAUUUGGGCUACCACCUGAAAGACUUUGGUGACUUGAGUUUUACUCCAGUUCCCAAAGAUGACGUCUACAAUAACCUGAUAGUGAACCCACGCUCCGUGGGCCUUGCCAACCAGGAACUGGCAGAAGUGGUUGGUAGAGCCAUCUCAGAUGGAUACAGCUGCAUCACGGUGGGAGGAGACCACAGCCUGGCAAUCGGAACCAUUAUCGGCCACGCCCGGCACUGCCAAGACCUUUGUGUCAUCUGGGUGGAUGCCCAUGCCGACAUCAAUACACCUCUAACGACUUCCUCUGGAAAUCUCCAUGGACAGCCAGUUUCAUUCCUCCUCAGAGAACUACAGGACAAGGUACCACGACUCCCAGGAUUUUCAUGGCUCAAACCUUGUAUCUCUUCCCCAGAUAUUGUGUAUAUUGGCCUAAGAGACGUGGAUCCCCCUGAACAUUUUAUUUUGAAGAACUAUGACAUCCAGUAUUAUUCCAUGAGGGACAUUGACCGACUGGGUAUCCAGAAGGUCAUGGAACAGACCUUUGAUUUGCUGAUUGGCAAAAGACAAAGGCCAAUCCAUCUGAGUUUUGAUAUUGAUGCAUUUGACCCUGCACUGGCUCCAGCUACGGGAACCCCUGUUGCAGGGGGACUGACCUAUCGAGAAGGCAUGUACAUUACUGAGGAAAUACACAACACAGGGUUGCUGUCAGCACUGGAUCUUGUUGAAGUCAAUCCUCGGUUGGCCGCCUCAGAGGAAGAAGUGAAGGCGACGGCUGGCCUGGCAGUGGAUGUGAUUGCUUCAAGUUUUGGUCAGACAAGGGAAGGAGGGCACAUUGUCUAUGACCAGCUUCCUAACCCCCGUUCUCCAGAUGAAUCGGAAAACCAAGAACGUGUGAGAAUGUAGAAAUACUGAGGGCUGAGAGGUGCUUCACUAUGGGCAUUCCAAAAGCAUUUGAGGAGACAGGUACUAAAUGGCUGGCCAGGUCAAUAUCGCCUUAAUUGAGAACAUUUGUGCACACUCAAGAUUGUAAAAUUCUUCUUCAUUAUGUUGACCAAUGCUAUGACUGUAUGUUUUUGCAGUUCACAGGAUGUUAAUAUAUUGGAGUACUAUAUAAAUGUCAAGGAAUCAUAAACAGCAUUUAUUACCUUGGUA